CAGGCCUGGCUUUGCUCCACCUCCUGCUCCUCCCCCCCCACCACCAGUGUCGGGAAUUCCCCCGCCACCUCCUCCUGUAGGAUUUCCAAAUUCAGGGAUGCCGUCUCCACCAUCUCCAUCCUCCUUCCCUCCUCACCCCGAGUUUUUCUGCCCCUCCUCCGCCAUCACCUCCAGCAGCAGAAUACUUCGCUGUGCCUCCGCCACCGUCACCUCAGCCAACCGAUGGUGCGCCUCCCCCUCCUCCACCUCCUCCCCCUCCUGGUCCCCCACCUGUGCCUUCCAGUGGCAUGGAUGGUGCACCAGCUCCACUUCUGCCUCCAGACUCCUCGGCCUCCAAGCCAAAAUCUUCCUUGCCUCCUGUUACUGAUGCCAGAAGUGACUUGCUUUCAGCUAUCCGUCAAGGCUUCCAGCUCCGCAAGGUGGAGGAACAGCGGGAACAGGAGAAGCGGGACGUUGGGGGCAAUGACGUGGCAACGAUCCUCUCUCGCCGCAUCGCUGUGGAAUACAGCGACUCCGAGGAUGAUUCUUCGGAGUUUGGCGACGACUGGUCUGAUUAACCAUGGUCCUGCUCCCCGGGCUCCUCCUCGCUAGCCUGACCCCUUUUUCUUAAAGAGCCAAGUACUUCCUAG